CUGGUGCCGAACGGUAAUAACUGAAUUCAAUUCAAUUCAAACUCGAGUUCGAAUUCGAAAAGGAAAUAAGAGGUUGCGGAUCGAUCGUGUAAGCGUUGUGACCGUGUGUGUUGUUGUAGAGAGUUGUUGUAACAAUUCUGGAAAAAAAGAAUAGUUUUGAAAUCAAUAAAAAUUCCCCAAGGAGAAAAGUGCUGACAGUGCUAGCCGGAAACUCAAACGAACAUAAUUACGCGGCACAAAUCCCAACAAAUAAAAUAAAAACAACCGAUCAAGAGUGACACAGAUUUUGAUUUGGACAAAAACCGAUCACACAACCCAUUGGAUACAUAUUCAUCGCCUGGCAGUGAGUGAACGAGCAGAUCUAGCACACAGAAACCCAUCAAAAAUGAUGUCCCGAAAAGCUCUGCUAAUUGCUGGACUCCUACUGAUCGUGGGCAGCUCCCUGGUGUUCUCCUACCCCCAAUCCGGCAACGACGAUGAGGAAAUGAUGGCGGAUGAUGAUUUCGAGUACGAGCAAGAUGACCAGAGUGCCUCCAGCCAGCAGACGAAGAUUCAGAGCCAAAUUCCUGCCAAGUCUGACGGCAGUGCGCCGCCAAACCGAACCGUAACAGUAACUGGCAUUCGCGGCGAGGAUGUGGUCCUUAAGUGCGACCUGGACACCACCCAGAGCAUCUUGUGGUUCUUUGGGACGAAUAUUAUCGCCAAUGGUGGCACAUUGGUGCAGCCCAACUUUAAGCUGGACACUGAAAAUUACGACCUGACCAUACUGAAGGCAAGUCCACAAGAUGCCGGCGAUUACUACUGCAAGGCUCUGCCACAGGGAUCUAUUCUGAACACCAAGGUGGUCAUCGCCGAACAUUCCCUCGAUGCCAUUGCACCGGAGAGCUCCACCUCAGCGUCAAGCAGUCUGCCCAGCCUCCCCUUCUCGCUUCUGUGGGCGGUGCUCACUGGAGUCUGUCUGCUGAAGAUCGGCAGACAUUAGUUUUAGUCUAGUAUUACAUUUACAGAGAUACAUAUGAAAAUAUGUACCGUGGCCCUAUCCCCUCUUCACUCUUCACUCUCCACUCUUCUCACAGGAAAAUGAGCAUUUGAAGUCUUUGUUGAUUGUAAAUUUGUGUAUUUGUAAAGACAAAAUCAACUUUAUUUAUUAAAUAAAAAAAGGAACCAAAGUAUACAGAAACUGCGGCAUGAAAUCAA